UAAAUUUAGUCAAAACUCAUCCACAUGAAACUAAUGUAGUUCUAAGUAUAUCCUUGCAAGCUUCCCCUUGCAGCGAGGGGGAAAGGACACUGUGUUCCUUUUAAACACAUACAACCACAUACACACACACAUACACACACACACACACACAGCAAGUUCGUCUUUCUUCCAGUGGAGUCUGACAGGAAUGAGGUCAGACACACCGAUCCUCAUUGCACAUUAUUAUUAUUAUUACCCGUUUUUUUUAUUCAGCCAAUGGCAAGCCAGGGGGGAGUGGUUUGACUGAAAAAUCAGGAUGGAGACAGACGCUGAUUGGUUUUUAUAUCUCGCGAUGAGGGUAUAAAACAGCGAGGUUCUCGUUGUUGUGUUUACAGUAAUAUUACAGAGCGCUCAGGAAACAGGGAGACUAUGAGAAAGCGCAGCUGCUUCAUUCAACCACAUGGUUCCGCAACCGCACAGACAAGCUGCGCUGCAGACAGCCAGGUUCACAUAAGGGACUUGCACUGCUGUUGCCCACAGCGGCGCGUUUUGAGCCUUGCAGGACGAGUUUUCAGCCGCACAGGCAGUUGAAAGUUGCUGUUAAAUAGUGUUGGGAUUUAUUUUUGGUUUCCCUGAAGCGCACUGCUAAAAGUUGAGAGACUAAGCGUGUCCAAAACGGGCUUGAACUGAAAACAGACAGAGAAGAGACUUGGAGGAACUUUUUUUUUUUUUUUAGAUCUGUAUCCAUCAGUCUGACUCUAAAGCGCCUGAAAUAAGAAGUGAGGAAUAAUUUCCUGUGAAAGCGGUGAGAGCAUUUUUGCGCACUUGAACUUUGUGAAAGCACUGCACUGAACAGAGUGUUUCCAGACACUUGGAGGGAAGGAUGGUGCAGCAUAUGAGCCAGACAGAGAGCGCCCACGCUCACUCCCCCGGCGGGGACUCCACGGACACGGGAGAAAUGGACUUGGAGAUGGAUGCGUCUCCGACCCCCGAGUCCCCCUCCUCCGGGGAGCGGAGCGACCUGGCGUGGUGCAAAACUCCGACGGGACACAUCAAGAGACCCAUGAAUGCCUUCAUGGUCUGGUCACAGAUCGAGAGGAGGAAGAUUAUGGAGCAGUCGCCGGACAUGCACAACGCUGAGAUCUCCAAGCGGCUGGGGAAGCGCUGGAAGCUGCUGAAAGACACAGACAAGAUCCCGUUCAUCCGUGAGGCGGAGCGGCUCAGACUCAAACACAUGGCCGACUACCCAGACUACAAGUACCGGCCCAGGAAGAAGGUCAAGUCGGGAAGCGGGGCGAGUAAGCAGACGGACCGCGGGGAGAAGAGCGGGGAGCGCAGCGCCAAAGCCGGUGUCAAAAGAAGCCCCGCGUCCAAAGGAGUGAGCAGGACGCACAAGCAGGGCAGCAUGAAGGCGAGCGCUCCGGGGCAGGACUAUGCGUCUCCCGGUGACCACCAGGCGCUCUUCAAAUCCAGGUCAGUGUCUGGGGCCAGACAGAUCCCGGAGAAGCGCGCCGGAGAAGCGAGGCGCGGCCACAUGUUCGGCGGGGCAGGCAGCCUGGAGAGCGGGCCUCCUUCAGUAGGAGUCCCGGCCAGUCCCACCCUGAGCAGCUCGGCGGAGUCCAGCGACCCGCUCAGCCUGUACGAGGACCAGAGCCCGGCGGCUAGCGAGUCAUCACACACCGCGCGCCUCAGGUACGCUCGCGCAUCCUCUCCAACACCAUCAGCCUCUCACUCUUCCUCAUCUGUGUCAUCCUCAUCAUCAGACGAAGAGUUUGAAGACGAGCGGCUCGACCUGAACCCGAGCCCCGGGUUUGAGAGCAUGUCUCUGGGCGGCAUGGGCUUCUCUGACGCAGAGCUGGACCGGGACUUGGACUGGAGCUUCGGGGAGUGCGGGGCGGGAUCUCACUUCGACUUUCCCGACUACUGCACCCCCGAGGUCAGCGAGAUGAUCUCAGGAGACUGGCUGGAGUCCACCAUCUCCAAUCUGGUGUUCACCUACUGAAAGAACCGAGGUGGAGAGGAACCGCGACGUCCCCCCACGUUUUGAACAAUUCAACCCCCCCAGACAGGCGUGUGUGCGUCCAGACCAGAAUAUUUCCGCCAUUCUUUCACUAAAUAAGGGAGAGUGAAACCAGGAAAGAAAAGGUGGCCUGUGUGCGCGUUGAAGCCCAGGUACGCGCCGCUCAGACUUGGACAGCGCUCGGUGCGCUUGACGGGAACGCGCAAACGGGGGAAAUGCUUAGUUUGCAUUUGGACACAGAGGAGGAGUGAAUGUAAGCAGAGAGCAGUGAAACACACGGACUUCAAGCUCAAAUGUUCAAACCAAUCCGCAGAGGAUGAGGACUGAGACUAAACUUUGAAUCUUAAUGUUAUUUUGGGUUGGGAAAGGGACACUUAGUGAAGAGCUCGUCAUGUUGGGUUUUGUUUAUGAUAUAGCCAAUUCACAUUGACCAUCAAGUUGCUAUUCAGGUGUAGUUUUUUCCAAACUCAAAAUAGUUUCAAUAUCAACACGCAUGCCCUCCGGGAUAAUGAGGAUUUUGUUGUUGUUAAAUGCGUAAAAAUGUUCAUUGCUGCGUAAUUACGCAAUUUGUGUGACCAUAGGACACAAUUCACGAUCACCAGCUUCUCUUUCAACGGCAGGACUUAGAACAAAGACUGACUCAAAACUUCAGAAACCUUUUCUGAACCUUUUUAAAACACUCAGUGCACAAUUCAGGACCAAUGUUCCCCGACGCGCAUCCUUUCUGCCUAGUGCUUCAACUUUGUAGUUCCUGUGUCAGAUGACGUUUUUUUAUAUUGAUGUAUUUAUACCGGCCAAACUUUUUUAUACAUAGAAGUAUUGUUCUCGUACAGGUCUCGUUUGUGUUUGUGCACAUACACCUGUCUGUAUCCAGCGCGGAAGGGCUAGAAGUGUAUCUUAUUUAAAAUGUCUGACUUCUCUCACUUUUAAGGAGAUUUGAGUGUGUCAUGAUUUUUUACUUGUAUUUUUGUACAAAAUCUAUAGAAAGGGGGUUUCCAGCGAGUGGGUAGCCUACAACAUUGUUGUUUGGAUCUACAUUGGUGUUUAGACGUGCAGAGGGGGGUUUGUUUGGCACAAUCUGACCUCACACAGUGUUUACAGUAUUUACCCACAUGCUUCUUAAUGGCACAGUGACUCCAGUUUCACCAGCCAAGUAAACAAAGCACCACUGAGGCUCCCAGUCUUGAGUGGUGACUGUGUUGCUACAGUACACAUAGACCUAAAGUAUAUGAGUGAAAGAUCCCAGAGAGUCACUGUUUGGAUAGAGCUAAUACCUCUGUGUGCUUUUUAUCAAGAUAAGUUUUAUUUGAACCACUGGAUGGAAUUUCACACUCAUUCCACUUUGCCUAGACUUUGGAGGGAGGGAGAUGUAUGAAGUGCUUCAUCUGUUAUUGCGCAAAUUGCAUCAAAAAAUAGUAUUUAACCUUUCUGUACCUGUUGGCUAAGUAUAGCAGGCUAAUUGUUUUCCUAUAUUAUGGCAUGGCAAAUAGCAUUUGUAUUUCAGAUUCAGGUAUAUGUAGCUAUAGCUGUUGUGUUUAAGAUUUUUAAAAGAAUAAUAACAUGAAGAUAUUUAUGUAAACUGACUGUACUAUAAGCAAAGAUUGUGUGUUUUAUGUAUGAUGAUGAUGAUCAACGACAGGCACUAGGGCAGCCAUCUUUGGACAUCCUUAUGUUGAAGAUGAUUGUGGUCCAGGAGUUUCUUCUUUUUUUUUUUUUUGUUUUUUUGUUUUUGACUUUUUUUUUUUUUUUUUUUUUACC